GCAAAAGCCCAGGCUCAGUUUUAGCGCCUGGGAACCGUGUCUACAAACAUGACAGCUAGAGCGUUCUGGCUCCUCUGUUUGAUCGUUGGAUCAUCUCCCGAAGCCCCAGUGGCGGAGAGAAAAGCCUCGCCGCCCCACAACCGGAAGCCCGACCCCGGCGGCGGCCCGAGCGCGGAGACGCCUGCGCCCGGGGCGCAGCCGCUCCCCGAGACCGCGCGGCGGCCGCGCGCCGCUGAGGCCGCUCCCCGCGCCGGGUCGGACCUGCGGCGCCGGAAGGCCCCGCCGCCCGCCGAGAACAGGGCCGGCUUCCGGGAGGCCGCGCGCGCGCCCGCCGGCCCGCCGAGCCCGCGCCUCUCGCAGGCCGAGAACCGCGCGUCGCCGCGCCGCGCGCCCGCGCUGGACGACUCCCCGCGGCGCUCGCGCGCCCGGGCCCUGCGCCUCCCGGCCGCGCGGCCUCCCACGCGCGCUGCCGAGGCCCCCGCCGGCCCCGCCCACCCCAACCGGCCGCGCGCCGCCGCGCCGCCCCCGGGGCCCGCGCCCGCGCCCGCGCCGCCGCCGCCGCGCCUCAGCGUGCCGCCGAGGGAGGACGCGGAGCCCGGCGCCGAGCCCUGCGCGCGCGCCUGCGGGGCGGACUGGGACGAGCGCGAGUCCUACUGCGCCAGCGAGUUCGCGGUGAACGGAAUCGUGCACGAUGUGGACGUCCUCGGCACAGGCAUCCGGCUGGUGACUCUGCUGGUGGACCGGGACGGGCUGUACAAGAUGAACCGCCUGUACAUCACUCCGGACGGGUUUUUCUUCCGAGUCCACAUAUUAGCCCUAGACUCCUCUAGUUGCAAUAAGCCAUGUCCAGAAUUUAAACCUGGCAGCAGGUAUAUUGUGAUGGGCCACAUCUACCAUAAGAGAAGGCAGCUACCUACAGCUCUGCUUCAGGUCCUGAGAGGGCGCCUCCGGCCAGGAGAUGGACUACUCAGGAGCAGCAGCAGCUAUGUGAAAAGAUUUAACCGGAAAAGGGAUGGACAAGUGCAAGGGGCAGUUCACACCCAAUGCAUUUGAAACAAACCAGCCUGGCAUUUCUGGAUCAUAAGAGACUUGGAAUUCAGCAAGACAGGAAAGGCCUAUCAUCAUGCAAUGGGAUUUUCCUUUAGAAUAGGGCACACAGCUCCUUUACGAACUAGUUGCAAAGUCCCAACUCUCACCUUGAGUUGUCACUUUCUUAUUUACACAUGCUUCUUAAAUGGUUAUGCCUCUGAGCGCCGUGAAUUUAUUCAACUGGUGUGCCAGUUACACAAGCUCAGAUAACUGACCUGUCCAGUUAACAGAUCACUGCUUCAUGUUGUUUAUUUUUAAUUAUUUUAAUUUAAAUACAUUCUUCAGUAGAAAUAGUUCACAAAAACAUUUCCUUCAUUUUAAAUAUACAAUUUUGAAUAGUUUAUAUCAUGUAUCAAACCAAAUGUUAUACUAAAACCAUCACAUUUUAAAUUCUGUACAUAACAGUAAGUGCACUAGUCAGACGUAUGAAAUGUCAUUUAGAUCACAUUUAGAUCAAACACUUAAAGUCGGAGUCCGAGACAAGUGUUAAAGUUUUAUUUUACACUUAAAGUACUGAAGGGCUUAAUUCACACAAACAAGUGUUUGUUCAAACAAGUGUUCCUGAUGUACCAAAAUAUAAGAUACAGUUUAUUUUCAUGCCUCCCUGCUUCUAAAAUCCUGUUUUGUGCUGUACUGGCAGCUAUCCCAAUGCCAAAUAUAUUCUGGGUGUAUCUGAUGUCAUUUUUCUAUUAAGACCAAGUAUCAUGUUUGUGUUUGUAAAGCAGUAAAUCUUGCUGUGAAAUCA